AUGGCCACAGCUGGUUGGAUUGUCGCUCUGCUUCAAUCGUCGACGAAAAUUUAUUUUCAACCUUUCCCAAGCUCUCCCGAGUCUCAUGAUUCUGCGGCGGCUGCCUUCACUGCUCGGAUCGGCACACACAAGAGCAUCCAUCCCACUAUGAAUCCCGCACAAGCAGCCCAGAGAUCCCCACUAGUGGGACCGGUUCCAAACGGGGGGCGUCAUUUCCUCGAGCUCCCUGACGAGCUCCUUGUUCAGAUCGUUUCCUAUCUCCCUCCACGCUCCGCGAUCCCUCUUCACUCCACCUGCCGCCGUCUUCGUGGCUUCACCCGACAAGACCCCGCACUAUGGCGGUCGCUCUGUGCUUACCAAGAAGCGGUCGAUACUCAUCCUGCCUUUGUUCCUACACCGCCCCCAAGUCCGCCUGGGAGUAAUAAUAACACGACGCCUCGAAAUCCGGUUCCUGCAACGGCUAUAUCUUGGCCUAUCCCUGGGAUAAGAGAUGCCGAAAAGAUUGAUUGGUAUAAUGAAUAUAAGUUUCGCCAUGCCCCACUGAAGAUGCGGUGGUUCUGCGCGGGCGAGGAUAAGCUGGAUGUGGAUGUGGGGCUGCAAGACGAGGUGAAGGGAAUAGGCGCAUUCUCGUCCAGGGGCAGCGGAAACGGGAAGGAUAUGUUGCUUUCCAGUCUCUCGGAUGGCAGCAUCUGCAUAUGGUCGUUGAAGGACACCGCCUCUGGGAAGGGAAGGAGAGUCGUCGCAAGAUCCAGGCCGGGACUGGUAUUCAGCGACCAAGGCGAUGAGAAAUGGCAGGGGAGGAGGAAGGCAAGAGAGGCUGAAAUAGUGGAUGGCGUGAGUGUGGACGAUGUAACCGGGAAAGUAUGGGUUGCUGGAGAAGAGGGUUUGGUUGAGAUAGACCUUAACACACUCCAAAAGGUUUCUACCCAUCGCUUUCCGUUUUCGAUCACAACGCUCUCUCAAACGUCGCACCCCCACCCCCUUACAGUUGGGACCACAUUGACUCUCCAUCUCCACGAUCCGCGGGUUGCCGUUCCUGCCUCCACCGUUACUUUCAGCUCCGGUGGUACAGAUGAUGAACGUGUUCAGCCCGUGCAUAUUAACCCACAACCAUAUACUUCGUAUCCAUUCCGCAAGAACUACCGUCUACACGCCACCCUUUUCCAGCCAGGGCCAUUAAACAUCAUCCACAGCGACCCUUGGGCCGGCGCAAGUAGCGGCGACGGCGAGAUCUAUGUCGCAGGCAGAUUCCCCAGCAUCCUCUGCUACUCCCGCAAAAUGUGGCCCAAGCUCCGCGGAACAAUUUACUCUGGCGGCCGGCUCUGCGCCCUCGCUAGUAUACCGUACUUCCAUUCCCCCAUCUUCCCUCCAGGGCCCUUGUCGGGCCUAGGAGCCGAAGCCGAAGCCGAGGAUGACCGCGGCCAAACAACUCUCCUAGCAGGCGGGGAAUACAAGGGCCACGGAACACUCGAGGUUUACCCUCUCACCUCGGUGCCAAGUUCAUUCCCAACUACGCUGGCCCCGACCGCCACGAACGUGACCCAGAACCGUCAGACCGCAUCACGGUCUAAAGUGAUGACCGUGGCCUCGCACGGCGCGCGCAUUGUGACUGGGGAUGCGAACGGUAUCGUCCAGUGGUUCGAGCGCGACGGCAGGAAGCUGGCCCGCGCGUAUGUCGUCGAGCCACCCGGCAGGCGGAAGAAAAGUGAAGGCCUAUGGGGGAACGCGCAACCUACGACAGCAGCAGCCACCGGUCGAGGCCUCCAUAUGGGGGGUGAGGUCAUACGUAAAGUUAUCGUUGUCAAUCAGGGCGGCGAGGAGCUGAUCGUGUGGGCCGGGGACCGGGCAGGUGUUCUGGGCACGUUUGGGGCUGAGGAGGCCGAAGAGGUGAAGGAGGCGGAGGAGGAGAAUAUGGAGAAGGUGUAUUUGAGGAAGAUGAGAGAGGUAUUGGAGAGACAGGCGGAGGAGGUGAGGAUUAUGGCGGGCUUGGGAGAAUUUUAG